AUGGCCCAGAAAUUAGCCAAAAGCAGGAAGAAGGCUCCAGAAGGUGAAUCCCAACCCAUGACUGAAGUGGACCUCUUCAUUUCUACACAGAGAAUAAAAGUACUGAAUGCAGACACACAGGAAACCAUGAUGGAUCAUCCCUUGCGGACCAUUUCUUACAUUGCAGAUAUAGGAAAUAUAGUUGUUUUGAUGGCUCGCAGGCGAAUGCCACGGUCUAACUCCCAGGAUAAUGUGGAAGCAUCUCACCCUUCCCAAGAUGGAAAGAGGCAAUACAAAAUGAUUUGCCAUGUCUUUGAGUCUGAGGAUGCACAGCUGAUUGCACAGUCCAUAGGUCAAGCAUUUAGUGUGGCCUACCAGGAAUUUCUGAGGGCAAACGGAAUCAACCCAGAAGACCUUAGCCAGAAGGAAUAUAGUGACUUGCUCAAUACCCAGGACAUGUACAAUGAUGACCUGAUUCACUUCUCCAAAUCUGAAAACUGCAAAGAUGUUUACAUUGAAAAGCAAAAAGGAGAAAUCCUGGGUGUAGUGAUUGUGGAGUCUGGCUGGGGAUCCAUUUUGCCUACAGUUAUCAUAGCCAACAUGAUGCAUGGAGGACCGGCAGAGAAGUCUGGGAAGCUGAACAUAGGGGACCAGAUCAUGUCAAUCAAUGGGACCAGUUUGGUUGGUUUACCACUGUCAACAUGUCAGAGCAUUAUAAAGGGUUUGAAAAACCAGGCCCGGGUUAAACUGAACAUAGUUAGGUGUCCUCCGGUAACCACAGUCUUGAUCAGGAGACCGGACCUCAGAUAUCAGUUGGGCUUCAGUGUGCAGAAUGGGAUUAUCUGUAGUCUUAUGAGAGGAGGCAUAGCAGAACGAGGUGGUGUGCGUGUUGGCCAUCGGAUCAUUGAGAUCAAUGGACAGAGUGUAGUAGCAACACCCCAUGAGAAAAUUGUUCACAUACUCUCAAAUGCUGUUGGUGAGAUUCAUAUGAAGACUAUGCCAGCUGCCAUGUACAGACUGUUGACUGCGCAAGAGCAACCAGUUUACAUCUAA